AUGGAGCCCGCGGAGGCCGGGAGUGCCCAGGAGCCGGAGUCCCAGGUUUAUGACUAUGUCGACACCCUCAGCUCCAGCCCGUCCCCCCGGAAGUCUUCCCUGCCGUCCACCACCUACUCGGUGGCGUACCAGCAGGGUCUGCUGGCGCGGCCCCGCCGCCUGGGGCUGCUGUCGCUGUCGCCGGCCCCGGAGCCGCAGAUGCUGCGGUUGCGCCCGGCCUCGCGGCGCAGCCAGGACGUGUCGCACCUGCUCACCUGCGUCUUCCGCAACCUGUACUCGGUGCCGGUGAUCGGCGAGGACCUGGGCGCCAGCCUGGUCCGCGCGCGCGGCAGCCGCGACUCCCGCCUCCAGCAGUUUGUGGAGCAGCUGCAGCAGGUUCAGGAGCUGUACAAGCAGCGACUGGAUGAGGUGGAGAUGUUGGAGCGACAUAUCAUCCAGGCUCGGGCCCGGGCCCUGGCUGAAACAGAGCGAGCCACGAACCAGGCCAGAGUCCAUUUUCUGGAACCCCUUGUCAAGCUGCCCCCAGUGAAGAGUAUCUUCCGGUGGUGCGUGGACAGUAGCUUGCUGAGGAAACACAAUCUGAUCUGCCCUGAGGAUUACUACACCGACCCUGUGCCAUUUUGCUCCGCUCCUAAAGGCAAUUUCUAUCCUCUGUGUUCAAAAUUGAAAUUUAGCUGCCAGAAGCUUUCGAAGCCAAAGAGAAAACGAGAGAAGGAGCCAGAAAGUUCCUCCCAGGAGAAGAAGGUUCUGUUGUCUAUAGAGGAGGAGUCUGACCACACCAUGGAAAGUUCCGUGAGGGCCUCCACCCCGAAGGCCAAACUGAGGGAGAACAAAGAAAGUCCCAAGAAAACAGGUCUACCCAAGAAUAAAAAGUGGAUGAACCACCUAAGCAUGUCCCAGAGGAAGCUGGAGCGGUGCCUACUGGCCAGCAUGGAGACCCGAAACCACUUCCUCAGGAACCCCCGGUUCUUCCCUCCUAACACGCCACAGGGAGGCAAAUCGCUCAUCUUUCCCCCAAAGACGCCUGUCCUGACCAGAGACUUCCUAAAAUCGAACCCAGAACACAGCUGUGCGGACACACCCGUCUUUCUAGCCAAACCCUCAGUGGUAUUUUUCACAGAUUAUGAAAUUGGACCGGUUUAUGAGAUGACCAUCGCCCUGCAGAACACCACCUCGGCUAGCCGCUACCUGCGCGUCCUCCCGCCCUGCACACCCUACUUCGCUCUGGGGCUGGGGAUGUUCCCUGGGAAAGGAGGGAUGGUGGCCCCCGGAAUGACCUGUCAGUACGUGGUCCAGUUCAUCCCCGACUGCUUGGGAGACUUCGACGACUUCAUCCUGGUGGAGACGCAGUCGGCACACACCCUGGUGAUUCCCCUCCAAGCCCGGCGGCCACCUCCGGUCCUGACCCUGUCACCAGUGCUGGACUGUGGUUACUGCCUCAUUGGGGGCAUAAAGAUGACCCGGUUCGUCUGCAAGAACGUGGGCUUCAGCCUGGGCAAAUUCUGCAUCAUGCCCAAGAGGAGCUGGCCACCGCCCUGCUUCCGGGCUGUGGCCAUCAGUGGCUUCGUGGAGCAGCCGCCCUUCGGAGUCAUGCCCUCUGUGUUUGAGCUGGCACCGGGAUUCGCCAUAUUACUGGAGGUCCUGUUCCUCCCGACGGCCCUGGGGAAGGCAGAGCAGACCUACCUCGUGGUGUGCGACAACUGCCAGGUCAAGGAGCUGGUGAUUAAGGGGACUGGACAGCUGGUCGCCCUGGACCUCAUCUACGUCUCUGGCGAGAAAAGCGAACCCGAGCCCGGGGAGCUCAUGGACUUAACCGCCCAGCACUUCAUCCGCUUCGAGCCCGAGAACCCCCAAACCACGGCAAAGAAACUCCUGAUCAUCAGGAACGCCACGCACGUGGAGCUGGCUUUCCACUGGCAGAUCAUGAAACCCAACCUGAAGCCCCUCAUGCCUGGAGAAACCUAUAGUAUGGAAAACAUCAAAUGCCACCCGGAUAAAGAGACGGCCUUCUCCAUCAUGCCGGAGAAGGGGAACCUCAGCCCCCACUCGGACCACGAGUUCAUCCUGAGCUUCUCUCCUUACGAGCUGAGAUUGUACCACAGUGUUCUACAGAUGGUUCUAGAAGAUAUCCCAGAGCCCUUGAGCUCCGAAGACACGGAGAGCCUGGAGGACCGGCCGCACUGUGUGGACAACGUGAUCGUGCUGGAGAUCGAGGCCAAGGGCCAGGCGGAGCCGUUCCAGGUGCUCCUGGACCCGUACGCCCUCAUCCUCCCGGGAGAGAGCUACAUCGGCAUGACGGUGAAGAAGGCCUUUAAGAUGUGGAACAAUAGCAAGUCGCACAUCCGGUACCUGUGGGGGAAGAUAAGCGACUGCCACAUUAUCGAAGUGGAGCCCUGCUGCGGCAUUAUAGAAUCCAACGAGGUGGGCGAGUUCGAGCUGAACCUCACGGGCGGCACCCCGGGCCCGCUCAGCAAGGACCUGAUGUGCAAGAUCAAGGACUCACCCACCCCCGUGGUGCUGCACAUCGAGGCGGCCUUUAAGGGGCCUUCUCUGGUCAUCAACGUCUCAGCCGUCCAGUUCGGCCUCCUCCGCCUGGGGCAGAGAGCCGUCAGCACCGUGCAGAUCCAGAACGUCAGCCAACUGCCGGCCGUCUGGCACCUGCGGGAGAGCCAGGUCCUCCUGGAGGAGAGGCUGGAGGAGGUGUCCCCCUUGGCCAUUGAGCCCUCCAGCGGUCAGCUGCCCCCACUGGGGGAGUGUAGUGUGGCCAUCCGCCUGGACACAUUACGCUCCCAGCGCCUGCAGACAGUGCUGGAGCUGGAGGUGGAGAACGGAGCCUGCAGCUACCUCCCCGUGUACGCCGAGGUCCAGGCACCGCACGUGUACCUGAAGCACAGCCACGUGGAAGUGGCCAACCUGUACCUGGGCGUGCCCACGAAGACCCCCAUCCUGCUCAUCAACGGCACCCUCCUGCCCACCCGCUUCCACUGGGGCAAGCUCUUGGGGAACCAGGCGGCCCUGUGCUCAGCCUCCGUCACCCCCAGACGUGGCAUGCUGAGCCCCAGCGAAGAGCGCCAGCUCAGCUUCGAGUUUACCGCCUACACCCAAGAAGAGCUGGUGGAUCUCGCCCUCCCGUGCCACGUGUCCAGCAUGAAGAAACUCCUGGUCCUGGGCAUUUCCGGAAAGCCUCGGGGACUGGAAGUGACCAUGACCAUCUCCAUGGAGGACCCUGAGACACGUGCCAAGCCGAGCCCUGCCCCCCCGGAGGAGCUGUACCUGGACUUCGGCUCCACGGUGCCUCUGAGGACACACGUGCAUGGUUAUCUCAUCCUGACCAACCACUGCCCCAUCCGCACCCCCUUCAUCCUCAACUUCGAGAACUUCGGGAGCCCCGAGGACAGCCUGAGCAGGAAAGCUCCCCUCCCUGAUAUGUCCCCUGCCCUGCUAACUACACCGCGGAUCCAAGAAGGGCUGGCGAAACGGGAGAUGCUGGUUUUUAUGGAGAACAUGCUGUCCCACGGGAAGGGGGCUGCUUUCUUCCCUCACACGUCCCAGGGCAUGCUGGGAGCCUACCAGCAGCUGAGGAUUAAAAUCACGGCCUGUGCCAGCAUGUGGGGCGAGUACUGGGACAACCUCACCUGCAUGGUGGGAGACCUGCCCCCCACAAUCAUCCCAGUGCACAUGGCGGUGGUGGGCUGCCCCAUCAGUUCCAUGAGGACCUCCUACUACACGCUGGGACACUUCCAGAAGGAGCCCAUCAUCAGGUUCGGGACCCAGGUCUCCGGAGGCAAGACCAUCACGCGAACCAUUCGCCUGAAUAACUCCAGCCCCUGUGACAUCCGCCUGGAUUGGGAGACCUACCUCCCGGAGCACAGCAGGGAGCACCUGCUGGAGCUGCUGGUAUUCUACGGGCCUCGAUUCCCCCUCCUGGACGCGACGGGGAACGAGCUGGUGCGUUCCGAGAGCUCGGAGGCCAGCUGUGCCUGGCCCUCCAGCAGCCCCUCUGACCUCUCGGAGUCCAGCCACGCCGCAUCGCUGUCGGUGGAAGGCAGCUCGAGCGCCCCGGCCAGGGCCAUGGAACCCAUCAUCUCCGUCAUCCUGAAGGACCACGAGGGCGUGCCCACCGACCAGGUGUACUCCAUCUGGCCACGGCAGGUGGUGGUCCCUGCUGGGGGCAGGAGCACGAUCCACGUCUCCUUCACCCCCAUGAGGCUGGGCCCCGACGAGGAGUACAAGGUGGAGUGCACAGGCUACGCCCUGGGCUUCAUGAGCCUAGACAAUGAGGUGGAUAGAGAGCUCCCAGGGCGGGUCCGUCGCCUGCAGGACUUCGACGUGGACCCUCUGAGGCUGGAAAUGCAUGGCUCCGUGAGGCGGGCGCAGUUAAGCAUAAAACUGGACUCCAGCGGCCAUCUGGAAUUCCGAUGCCAGGCCAGCGAUCUCAUCCCCAAAGAGGCCUGCGCUGGGGUGCUGAGCGAACUGCUGAGCACGCGUCACCUGAGGCUGAUCAACACCACGGAUAUCCCACAACACUUCCGCAUCCUGGUCUCCAGCCCUUUCACCAUCUCUCAAGACAAAGCCCACGCUGGCCUGGGCGGCGGCAGAGCCAGUGGCAGGAGGCCCCUGGCAGGGAAACUGCUGGCACUGCCUGCCCAGGAGAACAUGGAGGUGAGCGUGUCCUUCAGAUUGUCCUUGGAGCUGCUGUCCUAUCAGAGGCUUCCGGCUGACCAGAUGUUGCCGGGCGUGGACAUCAUCCAGAGGCCGAAUGGAGAGAAGGAGAUGGUGUUCACUCAGAACUUGCUCCUGGAGUUCACCAAUGAGACCACACAGAUGGUGCCCCUGCGGGCGACGGUGGCCGUGCCUGAACUCCAGCUGUCCACCAGCUGGGUGGACUUCGGCACCUGCUUCGUGAACCAGCGAAGGGAGCGCGAGUUCCACCUGCUGAACCGCAGCGCCUGCCCCAGCUACUGGGCCGUGAUGAUGGGGCAGAAGGAAGCUAGGAAGGAGGCAGAGGUGUUUGCAGUCUCUCCCAGCAGUGGGCGGCUGGAAGCCAGGCCUGUCAACGCACCCCCAACCUCUGUCACCCUGCAGGUGUUUUUCACUGCCAGGGACAGUGAGCUGUACGAGUCCACCCUGGUGGUGGAUGGCUUGCUGGGAGAGAAAGCCUGCACCCUGAGACUGCGGGGCCAGGGAUCGUAUGAUGAGAAAUACAUGGCACCCCCAUUCUGACCUGGGUCUUGCCCUGCUGCGGGGAGGGACACAGCCCUGGGGUGAGGCCCAGGCCGGCUGGGCAGAGGGUGGAGGGACUUAGUCCAGUCUGGGAAUGGAGACGGAUUUCAUGUCAAGGAUGAGGGAUCC